AAGAAGACAAGUGGAAGAGAGAGAGACAGAAAACCACCGAUGGAACGGCAGGAUAUAUAACCGUUUGCCCUGGUCUCGUGCAGACACCUUAUUCCAUGCCUCUCCUCUGCCGGGGGCUUUGUCAUUGAUGGGAAACCACCUGGACCGGAUAACCCACCUCAGCUACAGCGAGCUGCCCACCGGAGAUCCGUCCGGACUGGAGAAAGAGGAGCUCAGAGUUGGAGUGGCAUACUUCUUCUCAGACGAAGAAGAGGAGGUGGACGACGCAGGAGGUGGCGGAGGAGGUUACACCAAGGACCCUUACUCCAGCCAGGAGGGCCCCGGGGCGGUCAGCGAGCUGGAAUACUCCGCCUUCUGCUCCCAGGAAUGCAUCUUCUCCAAACUGCGCGCGAACCAGGAUUUGAACGUGUACUCCACCAAAACUUUGCUCUCCAUGUGCAAGCCAGGGGACCUUGUGGAGCUAGUAUCCACCUCCCAGGCACCUCACUGGGCUGUGUACGAGCUCAAUGACCAGGUGAUACACCUGCAUGAGGGGGAGAUACGGAAGGACAGCCUGACUGAGAUAGGACAGGGCCGGCACGGACGGAUAGUGAACAGCCGCUACCGCUUCCGGCCGCUGCCCUCCGACCUGGUGCUGCAGAACGCCACUGGCCACCUGGGCCUACGCAGCGGGGACAUCUGCUGGACCAGCUCUGAGAGCUUCGCCGCCUGGUGCCGCUUCGGGAAGCGGGAGUUCAAGGCGGGAGGCGAGGCACACUCGGCAGAGCAACAGUACUUUCUCAAAGUGCAUCUCGGUGCCGGGACUCGGAAUGGACACACGCUGGUGUUCCGUAGCCUCGAGGAUAUGAUCCGGGAGAGGAGGAGGGUUGACGCUAGUGGGAUUCGGAAGGAGCUGUCUUUAGGGCUCAGCGGCGGAAAGGAGUGAUGAUUGAUUUGGAAUUCUGUUUGAUAUGAUGGGCUAUACACUCUGGUCCUGCUCUCUUGUCCUCUCUGAGAGAGAGGAGGGAGAGAGGGGGAGAGAGA